UAAUCAUCUUGUAAGAAGCAGCGUCUAUUUCUCCCACCAAUGCUCCGUUCCCCUAUGAAAUUAACCUCCCUCGAUACACAGUUGUUGACUCCACUGUUCUACAAAUCGGCUCAUUUGUGCGUGUGUUGAAGUAGCCGCGGCACGAACAAGUUCAGGAGAGUUGGUGGAUGAUGAUUACACCUUCCCUAUCGAAAGUUGGGGCAGGCGGCAGUGAUUUGACGUGUACUGCGUGAGUGAAUGGUCCCUGUUUGAAAUGGAAGAUACGAAUGUGGUUUUCGCCGUAGCUGUAGCCUGUUUGGUUGCGGUUACGUCGACACUGGUGUACUUCAUACGGUACCUGUCAUCCAAGCCUUGUGAAAAUUCACAGCCGGAGAAAAAUGGCGUUGCGAAUAAAGAUCCAAUCGGUGAGAGCAAGACCAUUCCGCAGCCGAAGAAAAAAAAUGUAUUCGAGCAUAAGAAGAUAUCGAAAUCAAAUUUCUCUCAUCCUUGGCUUUCAAAAUCCCUGAAAGCGCAUACUGGAAAUGUCCUUGACGCCGAUAUGAGUAGUUCGGGGAAAUACUUCGCAACGGCUUCGGAAGAUCGUUCUAUUAUCCUCUGGGCUACUUCAGAUUUCAGUACGAAAAAUAAUACUCACAAUAAAGGUCGUGUGGAAUUCGAUCAUGCCCUACGAGUAUGUUGGAGUCCGGACUCGAAAGCUCUUGUGACGUACAAAGCCGCUGCUAAUUGCGUUGAAGUUUAUAAAUUAACCAAGUCGGCUGAAGGGAAAUUCUCAGGAUUCGAAGUGGUUGUUACUUUUCCAGUGUUACACGAAUCUGGAGAGAUUGCUGGCAUGGGGAUUGACAUAAAUGGACGCUAUAUUAUGACAUGUUCAACUGAUAAUGAGCUGGUGAUCUGGACCUUGAAGGGUGAAGUCCUGCAUCGUAUGAACACCAACAUGGGUUCCACGCAUGCUGCUGUUCUUUCUCCUUGUGGGCGUUUCGUGACUGUCUGCGGAUUCACUCCGGACGUGAAAGUCAUGGAAGUGGUAUUUUCGAAGACCGGAUCGUUCGAAAAGGUCAACCGUUCGUUCGACCUAAAAGGUCACACGUCCGGGGUUUUCCAUGUUUCUACAAAUACAGAUUCUACAAAAAUGGCGACAGUUUCGAAGGAUAACAGCUGGAAGAUGUUCGAUACAAAGAUUGAUUACGGCAAGGGACAAGAGCCUAGCCUGCUUUUCUCGAUUGCGUUUGACACGCGGGGAGAGAAAGCUUUAAUUGCUUUGUCACCUGACGGUCGAUCUGUUGCGAUUGCCAGUUCGACAGAUGUAUUCUUUUAUUCUGGCGUAACGGGCAAAUUCGUGAAGAAAAUCGAGCAUGUCCACGAGGAACCAAUCACUUUCCUCGUUUUCGACCCAUCAAACAAGUUUUUACUCUCUGGCGGUGACAAACAAGUCAGGGUUUUCCAUAACGUUGUCGGUUACCUUGCAACGAUAGAAGAUUUGGAACAGAAGAAGCGAACCGCAUCACACACAGCGAUGAGAGAUCGGAUUGCGGACCAAAUCGCGGAGGCGCAAAAGUUUUUGGCAUCUUUGGGUGAAUGUUGAUGGAAUCAUUUGUGCUAUUCUUGGCUGAAGUGGAAAGAAAUAGCUCGGAAUCUUCGUUUCUGCUCCUAGCGGAAGUUUAU